UUCGUUCAAUUAGAUCACUUCCCGUUGCUAUAGCAACAAAUAAAUCAAAAUGGCGGAAGGUGGUGAAGUAAGCCAAGAUCCUGUAAUGGAAGAUUCCCAGGAAAAACAGACAGAAAUUGAGCCAGUGGAGGCUAAAAUUGAUGAAGCAAGCACUAAUGAUACUAGUAAUGGAGAGAAGGAGGUAACUGAAGAGCCUCAAGAAGAAUUCAAACCUUCAACUGAUAAAGAGGAUCAAGGAGAGAAAGAAGCAGAACCUGUUACUGAUACACCUGCUAACGAACCAACGGGAGAAGAACCAGGACUGGAGCCUGCCACAAAUAAUACUGGGGAUGAGUCUACUACCAAUGAUGAUCCUACAGCUAAUAAGGAUAAUGUUCCUAUGACUGCUAAUGAUGGUUCUACUGCUAAUAAUACUGAUGGUGCAAAUGUUGAUGAGCUUACUGCAGCUAAUGAUGAUCCUACUGCAGCUAAUGAUGGUCCUACUCCAGUUAAUGAUGGCCCUACUCCAGCUAAUGAUGGCCCUACUCCAGUUAAUGAUGGCCCUACUCCAGCUAAUGAUGGCCCUACUCCAGCUAAUGAUGGUCCUACUCCAGCUAAUGAUGGCCCUACUCCAGCUAAUGAUGGCCCUACUCCAGCUAAUGAUGGUCCUACUCCAGCUAAUGAUGGUCCUACUCCAGUUAAUGAUGGCCCUACUCCAGCUAAUGAUGGCCCUACUCCAGCUAAUGAUGGUCCUACUCCAGCUAAUGGUGGCCCUACUCCAGCUAAUGAUGGUCCUACUGCAGUAGAUGAAGAAGGAGAGGAACAGUCUGAACUGGAGCAACAAUUGAAAGAGCCCAACUCAAACAAGGGCACAAAACAAAACAAAGAAGAAGAAGAAGAACCAUCAACAGAUAAACCAAAUGAGCCCUCACCUCCUCCUCCUCCUCCUGAAGAAAAAGAGAAACAAAGUGAAGAGAAACCAAGUGAUGGUGUUGUUGUACUCCCUCCUGCUCCUCCACCCACUGCUUCUAAGUCGUCUGAUGAAAACCCAGCAAUACCCGGAGAAGGAGAGGUAGAGGAUGAUAAGAAUGAAGAAGGAGGAAUGAUUGAGAUAAUGGAGCUGCCAUUAGAGAAGCUAAAAGUAUCAGAGGAUGAAGAGAAGAGCCUAUUAGAGACUGCUGUACCUGGACAGACUUUUGAUACACCAACUCCUUUAUCAAACCAACCACUAUCACUUACAUGGUCGUAUGGUUUCAAUCACAAUGUACCAGUUCAUAACAUUUCUACUGACGACAAAAAGAUGAUAUUCUACACUUGCAGUCACACUGGGAUUAUUUAUGAUUGUAAGAGGCACAGACAGUUCUUACUGCAAGGACACGGUCACCCAAUAACCUGCACUGCAGUGAGUGGUGACAGGAGGUGGCUGGCCACUGCUGAUGUUGGAGCAGACCCACUCAUCAUCAUUUGGGACUCAUACUCUGGUAUACCAGUUCGGACGUUUUACAAUAAUUUGGGUCAAGGUGUUGUGGGUGUGGCCAUGUCACAGGAUGCCCGUUACCUAGCAACCAUUGGGUGUCAGAUUCCUCAGGUCGUCAGUGUCUGGGACUGGACCAAUGAGAGAGAGACUCCGGUGCAAUCGGUCACACUCAACCCGGACUACGGUAUACAGACAUACAUCACAUUUAGUCAUAAUGACUCAUCGCUCCUUGCAUCAAACAGUGACGAUCAAGUCAUCUUUUAUAAAUGGACUGCCAAAGGUCUUUCUGUAUGCACUACUCCGGUUAGCGACAGGGAUUUCAAUAAAUCCGUGGGUCUUUUAUCACAGACUGUGUUCCUACCUGAUGGGUCCAACCAUUGGGCUCUGACUGGUACCUCUGAAGGAUGUGCUGUUGUGUGGGAAACUAGCGGACUAUACCACAAUCAGGAGAUGAGACCCCUUAGCGAGCUGAGACUUGAAAAGAAGAAACCGGUCCGACUGAUGAAACUACAUGAUUACCCAGUCACUGCCAUCACCACCAUAAACCAUGAUCCUUGUCGAUGUAUUGUCACUGGGGAUAGCAUUGGACAUGUUAAGUUUUUUGAUAAAAAUCUAAAGCUGCUAUACUGGUAUACUGAUUUGUGUACUGGUCCUAUUGCAUCAGUGUCGUUUGCUUAUUCCAUCAAACUAAUGACCAGUUCUUCUAUAACAUCUCUAUCAGGUUAUCCUAAUCAAAGUUUACUGGCUGAUGGUGUCAAGCUAGUCAUUCCUGAUUUCACUAUAAGCACGUCUGUAUCCUCCAUCAUCCACCUCUCAACUAACGGAAGGAUAAGAGAUGUUAUCCUUGAAGAUCAUGACUCUACAGUCUCUGCACUAUCAGCUCAUCCUUCCCAACCUCUGCUCCUGGUAGGGAGCUACAGCAGGAAACUGAAACUAUGGAACUACUCUACCAAGAAGGUAGUAAUGUCAAGACAGUUAUCAGAUCAGUUACUAGUUCAGUGCAUGAGUUAUGAUCCUAGAGGAGAAUGUGUAGGCAUUGGGUUUACUGGCGGAGAGGUCCUUGUUGUUGAUUCAGUCACUCUUCAUGAUGUCAGUGAGAUAUUUCAUUAUUCUAAGGACACCGUUACUUUACUGACCUUCUCAAAUGACUCUCGCUAUAUGGCUAUUGCUGAUUUAGACCACACUGUUACACUCUAUGUCUCUUCCAAUACUCCCAAAGGAAGGCGUUGGUCAUUUCUUGCAAGGCAUAAGGCCCACUAUAAAAAAAUUGAAGCCAUUUUAUUUGGGGUUUUCCCCGAUUCUGGUGAGCCACGCCUUUUUUCUCUUGGAUCUGACAGGAAGCUGGUUGAGUAUGAUCUCUGUAAUUCCAGCGAAGACAACCUUCAGUUGCUUAGCAUUGAUAGAAUAGAGCAGACUGCCACACCCACCUCUAUAACCUGGUGCCCGCCUCUUUCUGUAGAGUCGUUUGUGAUAACAGCUAAUGACGAAUACAAGAUAAAGCUUUACAAUUCUACCACAAAAAUGUGUCGCAAAACUCUACUAGGCCCUACAUUUGGUAGCCCAAUAAGAAAGAUGAUAGUACUGCCAAAGGGAGCCGAUACAACUCAAGAGACAGUAAUAGAUGAUAGAAGAUACCUUGUAUACAUCACCAAUGAUAAAGUGGGUCUGUUGAUAUUACCUCAUGACGGUAAUCCAUACAACAGCAUAUGUCUAACUGCUCAUCCUGAACAGAUCAGUGAUGUUGCUGUAGCAUAUGAUGGUAGCUGCGUGUUCACUGCUGGGGGAAAGGAUUGUGUAGUGAACCAAUGGAACAUCAAUACAGAUUCACUGGAAGCUCACUCACUGUUAGGUGGUGAGGGAUUGCUUCCUUUCUAUGCUCUCAUUGAAGGAGGAAGAGAGGGAGAGUUCUUUGGACAGUUGGAAGAGUAUUUCUAUUAUGCACAACUAAGGACGCAAGGAACUGAUUGUAUGAAGACUCGGGUUGCGUCAGCUUCCAUUGCUAUUGAGCAGAUACCUUACGUGAUGAGGGCCAUUGGAUACUAUCCUUCAGAACAUGAAAUUGAUAAUAUGCUAAAUGAAGUGAAGUUUAGCCAGUAUGUUGAUAAAGGUGGCAUUGUCACUGAAAUUGAUCUGGGACAAUUCAUACAGUUGUACAUCAACCACAGACCAGUCUUUGGCUUGCUCCCAUUGGACAUUACCCAGUCGUUCAAGACACUCGGGAAAAGAAGAGGAAAAGAAAAAAAUUGCUCCAUUGAGAGAACAAAACUGCUACAGCUUCUUCAAGAGAAAGGUGAACAUUUUACAGAGUCAGAGCUGGUGGAUUACUUGAUGACACUCGUUAGUACUGGCCAUUAUUUAGAGUCAGAGGCAGACGGAGAUGUAGCACUUGACCCUGCUAAACUGUUACAGCAAAUCCCUGAGUUUGUAACAGCAAAAGACUUUGUAGAAGAAAUGCUAGGGCUGACUGCUACUCACAAUAGCUAAGAGAGAGGACAAAAGAGACAUAUAGAGCUAGAGAUGUCAUUAUUAUUUUACAAUGUUGUUAUAAUGGCCAGAUUAAAUUAUAUUGCCGUAAGGUGUAA